UUGAAAAAUAUAGGUUGAUUCUAAUGGAUAGAAUAGAUUUUCAUCUAUGAUGAAAUUUUAUUUGGUUUUCGUUGCGAGAUUUUGAGAGUUUGUGAAUCAGUCAUUUCACCCCCGAUGUAAAGCCCUAAGGCAGUGUAUCUAGGAAUCCUAAUUUGGAGUGGAGAUUUCGUUUUGAUUCUUUCCGAAAAGUCUGGGUACGUUCAGAAAAAAAGAUAGACUUGCUGACCAGUGCCGAUUACUUGAGCUGGGCAGCAAAAUCUGCUCCAUGCAAACCUGGAACCCUUAAUUUUUAAAACAUCUCUUUUUAAUGCUCUGACGUUCCAAAAGGUGAUGCAAAAUAUCAUGUCUACUUCAGUAGCAGAGAUCUGUGAAAACACCAAACUUGCACGUGAAGCAGCACUUCUAGGUAACUACGAAACUGCAGGUGUUUACUACCAGGGAGUUGUGCAGCAAAUUCACCGCCUUUUGCCUACCAUCAAUGAUCCUACUAACAAGGGAAGAUGGCAGAGUGCCCAACAACAACUUGCUUAUGAAUUUGAACAACUCAGGAGUAUCCAAGGCACUCUAAACUCAUUCAAAUCUGACAAUCACACUGAUCGUCCAAUUGGACCUGCAAGAAACAUUCCAUAUGAAGAGUCAAACCAUGAUCCAGAUGUGUGGGGUUCUCCUCAGCCAAGAGACCCUGAUGUUUGGCCUUCUCCAACUCCGGUGGAGCAUAGGCCACCACCACCGGUUCGACCUCGGCCGCCCAACAAAAAAUCCGACCCAUCUGCUCCCAAACCACCUCCAAGUCGUGGGGGAAAGCCACCAUCCGGAGCCACUGCGGCGGGAGGCAAGAAACCUCUUGAAUCUCGUUUCUCCAGAGCUAGAGACAAAGAUGACAAAGCAAGUGGCUCUAGCAAAUCUGCACCAGCCAAAGGAAAGGAGACCAAAUCAGAGGAAAAUAAAGACGAGAAACUUGUAGAAGAAGAGAAUCAAGAACGGAGAUUCGAUGGAUCUGGCUAUGACAAAGACUUGGUUGACAUGCUGGAGAGAGACAUUGUACAAAAGGACCCGAAUGUCCACUGGGCCGAUAUCGCUGAUUUAGCUGAGGCUAAGCGUCUUCUUGAAGAAGCAGUCGUUUUGCCAAUGUGGAUGCCCGAAUUUUUCAAGGGUAUACGACGGCCCUGGAAGGGUGUUUUAAUGGUCGGCCCUCCAGGUACUGGAAAAACAAUGUUAGCGAAAGCUGUCGCCACCGAGUGUGGAACCACUUUCUUCAAUGUAUCUUCGUCCACUUUGACUUCAAAGUAUCGUGGAGAAUCGGAGAAACUUGUACGUCUGCUCUUUGAAAUGGCACGAUUCUAUGCUCCCAGCACGAUUUUUGUCGACGAGAUUGAUUCAAUGUGCUCGAGACGUGGCUCAGAAUCAGAACACGAAGCAUCACGUCGUGUCAAGUCGGAACUUUUAGUCCAGAUGGAUGGCAUUAGUUCACAAAGCGACGACCCAAGUAAAGUGGUGAUGGUUUUGGCUGCCACCAACUUUCCAUGGGAUAUUGACGAAGCUCUGCGAAGGCGACUUGAAAAACGAAUUUACAUACCACUCCCUACACGGGAAGGAAGGUUGGCACUGCUGCAUAUCAAUCUUCGCGAAGUCAAAGUUGCAGAGGACGGUGUAGAUCUGGAUGCUAUAUCUGAAUUGCUGGAUGGGUACUCUGGUGCUGACAUCACCAACGUUUGCAGAGAUGCUUCGAUGAUGUCCAUGAGAAGAAGAAUUGCUGGUCUUCGACCAGAUCAGAUUCGUCAACUCGCCAAAGAAGAACUCGAUCUUCCCGUAACCAUGGAAGACUUUAUGGCGGCAGUCGAGAAGUGCAACAAAAGUGUUUCUGCUGACGAUUUAGAGAAAUACGAUAGAUGGAUGCGUGAAUUUGGAUCGUCUUAAGGUUUACUAUAUUAACGCUAGAAAGGCUUACGUACUAUUGUAAUCGUGCACUGUCUCAAGUUUGGGAAAUUGUAACAACUUUCGAAAUUAAUAUUUUGCUUAAUAUAAUAUUUGCUUUUAA